AUGCCAUCGCUAUGGCCAUCGUUUGAAUCCACAUCUCCGUGCGUUCGGAUCGUUCACUCUGCAGUCCAAUUUUAUUCUUGGAUUCGCGGUGUGACGGCGGCGGCCGCUGCGGCAGCGGCGGUGGUGUCGGUGGCGGUGGCGGCGGCGGCGGCGGCGAGGAGGUGGCGGCGGUGGCGGCGGUGGCGGAGCUGGAGCGAGGGGCGAUCCAAGGCCUCCUGCGACUAUAUAAGCUUCCACGCAAGGCGUCUUGGCACGCAGUUGGCCGUUUCUCGUCAGUUUCCACCUGCACGGUCCCGAUUCCAGCAUGUACAGGCUUGCGAUGGGGUUGUGCUCUUGGCGCUAGCAGCCCUGUCGGCGGCGCAGUACCACAACCCGUCCCAAGCGCAGCACGCCGCCAUCUUGAGCGAGCAGCGCUUCCUGUCCGGCGACGGCACGUUCGGCGCCGCCUACACGCAGGAGGACGGAGUGCAGUUCAAGGAGGAGGCUGACCAGGACGGCAACCGCCGCGGCUCCUACAGCUACGUGGACCCGUCGGGCCAACGCCGCACCGUCCACUACACCGCGGGCAAGGACGGCUUCCGCGCCUCCGGAGACCAUCUGCCCGUGGCCCCCGCCGCCCCCCACCCCUUGUCUUCAAUCUUUGAAGCUGGAUAA